UUCUCCUACAACUGGCAAGUGAUGCUUUACCAAAUGAUACAGCUUUGUCUCUUGCCUAUCUACUUGCACUGCCGCAGGUUGUAGAUGCCAACAAAUGCUUUGAAAAGCAAUUACAUUCUGUGUUAUCUCUCCAGCUGGCAAGUUAUUACUAUAGCCUGCAGAUCUAUGCUCGUUUGGCACCGUGUUUCAAGGACAAAUGCCACCCUCUCUACAGGGCUGAUCCAAAAGAGUUGAUUCAGAUGGUCACAAAGCAUGUUACUCAGCAUGGCUGUACAGACUGGCCUGAAGAAAUCGCAACUUUGAUUAAUCAGCUGCAUUACUACAAUGAACGACUUCUGGAUUUCACUCAAGCUCAGAUUCUGCAAGGACUUGGCAAAGGAGUGGAUGUGCAGAGAUUUACAGCAGAUGGACAGUACAAGAGAGAAACAAUACUAGGAUUGGCAGAAACACUAGAAGAAAAUGUCUACAAGAUUGCAGUUUCUUUGGCUCAGCGAUACAAAGUUCCACUUUGGGAAGUUUAUAUGACCCAUCUGGAAUUUUUAUUCACUGACAGUGGGUUAUCGACACUGGAAAUAGAAGAAAGAGCACAAAGUCUUGGUCUGUUUGAGACUUUGAAAACAAGUCCUGAAACAUUACAUGAGCACAUGGUUAAAUAUGUUUACCCAAGUAUUGAAGGCAGAGAUCAUCAGCGGUUGCUUUAUUAUUUUACGCUCCUUGAAAACUGUGGUUGCUCAGAAGUGGUGAAGCAUGCUGUUAAACCUGAAACGCACAUUCGACUCCUGAAGAAAUUCAAAGCAGUUGCACCAGGUCUCAAUUACAAAAAGCUAACAGAUGAAAAUGAAAACCCUCUGGAAAUACUGGAGCCUGUCCUUACAAGUCAAAAUAUCCUAUCUAUUUCCAAACUGGCUCCCAAAAUUCCUAAAAAAGAUGGAAGCAUGCUGUCACCAAGCUCUAUUUAUGCUGUCUGGUUACAGAAACUUUUUUGGAAUGGCGAUCACCAUCUCAUUAAAAAAAUACCAGAAACUAUGAAUGAGUGGCUACAUGCGUACGAUAUGUGUUCAAAGUACUUUGAUAGACUUGAUCCUGAUGAUAUUGUCGCUUUUAUUGAUGAAAUUACAUUUUCUUCAAAAGCUGUCACAAAGCUGCCGGUUGAAGCCAGGAUAGAAGUGACUAAGAAGGCUAUUGGGAUAGUCAUCCAUCUUUCUGAAAAAUCAAGGAAAAAAACUUUGGAGAAUGAUAUGGAAGAUGCUGAAAAUCCAUCUGUUGCUUAUGAAGAAACUCUGAAUCACUUACAGCAAUCUCUUGCUCAUCUGGAAACACUCACUCAUAGUUUUAUCACUUACUUGAAGAACAGCAAACAGGAUACAUUACAGAAGUAUGGGUAUUUAUAUGAUUUGUCAAGGUCAGAGAAAGAAAAAAUCCAUGACCAAGCAGUUGCUAUGUGUAUAGAUGGUCAACCCCUGGACAUGAUACAGCAGUUGUUAAAAGUGGCUGUUGGAGAUCUAGGCCUUUCUCCCAAGGAUAUCGUCCAAUGUGCUGUUAAAAAAAUUGUAUGUAUAUUAAG